AUGUCUCGGUCACCAGGAAGAAAGCAGGAGAACCACAAAAUAUACUCAAAGGAUAGGGAUAAGAUCGGUGGUACAAAAGCAGAGCUGCUGGCAGCAUUUAUGGCUGCUACUCCUGAGAUUCUGCUGAGAUUCUCUACAGGCUUGGGAAUGAGGGGCACAAAAUUUCUGAGACUGCAAGCUGUUCAGAAACAGAAGUCUAAGUGCUUUGGUCUAAGAUACAAAUGCCAGAGCAGAGAACUUUUUGUACUCACAUAUGGGGCCUUGGUAGCCCAGCUGUGCAAGGAGUAUGAAAAAGAUGAAGAUGUCAAUGCCUGUUUAGAUAGAAUGGGAUACAGCAUCGGCAUAAGGCUCAUUGAUGACUUCUUGGCUCAUUCAGCUGUGAGAAAGUGCCGUAGUUACUCUGAAACAGCAGACAUGAUUGCACAGGUUGCUUUCAAGAUGUACCUUGGGGUCACCGCUAGUGUGAGCUGCAAUAGUGUCACAGGGAAUGAAUUCUCCUUAAUCCUCGACAAAAACCCACUGGUGGACUUUGUGGAGGAGCUGCCAGCGGAACGAGCGUCACUUUGCUAUUGUAACCUCCUCUGUGGGGUGAUUCGAGGUGCCUUGGAAAUGGUUAACUUAGCAGCAGAAGUUUCCUUCCUCCAGGACAGGCUGAAGGGCGAUGCUGUGACAGAAAUAGGAAUUACGUUUUUAAGGAAGCCUGAAGACAGAAGGCACAGAAGGAACAAAUGAAAGAAAUAUUGGGAGAAACCCCUGCUGGGGGAUAUUUUGUGCCUUGUUUCAGAAGAAGACAGGGUAAGAGUGGCUUUCCUGAGUCGGUUGCACCAGUCAGCUGGCUGAAAGGUGAAGAGAGCGGGACAACAAAGAGGAGGGGCAGAGCAGGGGAGAGCAAUGUUAAUUGUUGUGGCACAGAUAUCAGUAAAAAAGAUUGAAAUGAUCUGCCCUUCCUUCUCAUAUACCCAGGCUCUUGAGCUUAAUUUCAGUAAUUUAAAUUUUAUUUCAGUAUUUAGUGUGUGCUAAAUGUUCAUCUGUAUACCAACUCUUUUCAGGUAAAGCUGAUGACUUUUUCCCAUUUUGUCAGUAAUAUUUAAAAGCAUGGCUGCUAGAGGUGCUUUAUUUCCCUGGCUGUGUGUAGUUAUCCAUAAAGGAUUCCUCUGCUGUGAUUGCUGUAUGCAGUGUCUUGCUCACAGGUGCAUGUUUUGAUUGUAUUGCUUUGCCAUUCAUUGUCUUCCAUGCUGGACAUCCUGCUGUCUUUGAAACCAGGGAGGGAUGGGUCUUCACUGCCACUGGUGGUGUUCUUUCCAGCUCUUCAGGCCCCAUAUGCAGUUUUGCUGGCACUCCUGCUCAGUCCUGUGCACACUCCAGGCUGCAGCACUCUGACAGCUGCAGCAGUGCUUGUGUCUCACCAAGCUAUGGGCCUUUCCAUGUCAGCCUUCUCUCCAAGAGCUCUGAUCUUGUGACCAAAC